AUGGARGACCUCCCAGCGCGGCUGGUCCUGCUCGGGGCACUGGUGCUGGCGGGUGGGCUCUGCGUGAACCAGGAGGAGCGGCUCAUCCACCACCUUUUUGAGGAGAAGGGCUACAACAAGGAGCUGCGCCCUGUCGUCUCCAGUGAUGAGACKGUGGAUGUCUACCUGGCCCUCACCCUCUCCAACCUGGUCUCGCUGAAAGAGGCGGACGAGACGCUCACCACUAACCUGUGGAUUGAACAUGGCUGGAUUGACUACCGCCUGCAGUGGAACGAGUCAGARUUUGGGGACAUCACGGUGCUCCGCCUGCCCCCAGACAUGCUGUGGCUGCCCGAGAUCGUCCUGGAGAACAACAAUGACGGCCUCUUCCAGAUCGCCUACUACUGCAACGUGCUCGUCUACAACACGGGCGACGUCUACUGGCUGCCGCCCGCCAUCUUCCGCAGCACCUGCCUCAUCAACGUCGACUUCUUCCCCUUCGACUGGCAGAACUGCACCCUCAAAUUCAGCUCGCUGGCGUACAACGCUGAGGAGAUCACCAUGCACUUGAAGGAGGAGGCUGACAUGGAGACGGGCAAGAAUUACCGAGUGGAAUGGAUCAUCAUCGACCCUGAAGGCUUCACAGAAAAUGGGGAAUGGGAAAUCAUCCAUCGUCCAGCCCGCAAGAACAUCCACCCUGAAUACCCCCGUGAUAGCAGCGAGCACCAGGACAUCACCUUCUACCUCAUCAUCAAGCGCAAGCCACUCUUCUACAUCAUCAAUAUCGUCACACCAUGUAUCCUCAUCUCCUUCAUGGCCAUCCUCGUCUUCUACCUGCCUGCCGACAGUGGGGAGAAGAUGACGCUGGUGAUCUCCGUGUUCCUGGCCCAGUCUGUCUUCCUUCUGCUCAUCUCUCAGCGCCUGCCCCCCACCUCUCACGCCAUCCCCCUCAUCGGCAAGUAUCUGCUCUUCAUCAUGAUCCUGGUGACGGCUGUGGUGGUGAUCUGCGUUGUGAUCCUCAACUUCCAUUUCCGCACUCCCAGCACCCAUGUCAUGUCCGACUGGGUCAAAGAGGUCUUCCUGGAGACCCUGCCCCGCGUGCUGCGCAUGUCACAGCCAGCCGAGAGCUCAGCGGGCGCCCCGCGCAUCCGGCGCUGCAGCUCGGCUGGCUACAUCGCCAAGGCGGAGGAGUACUUCAGCGUCAAGUCCCGCAGCGAGCUCAUGUUCGAGAAGCAGUCGGAGCGGCACGGGUUGGCCAGCCGCAUCACCCCUGCCUGCAUGGCACCGCCUCGCACAGACACUGGCCACGACCAGGUUUACGAGCAGCUGAAGUCGGCCGUUGAUGCGGCCAACUACAUCGUGCAGCACAUGCGGGAGAAGAACAGCUACAAUGAGGAGAUAGACAACUGGUACCGUGUGGCCCGCACCAUGGACCGGCUCUGCCUCUUCCUCAUCACACCUGUGCUGGUGGUGGGCACCCUCUGGAUCUUCCUCAUGGGCAUCUACAACCACCCGCCACCGCUGCCCUUCGCCGGAGACCCCUACGACUACAGCGAGCAGAACAAGCGCUACAUCUAG